AUGGCAACCGCCGAGAAGACAAAGGAGAAGCAGAAGCAGUUCCAAGUGCCCGAAUACGACUCGGAAGAGGACUAUGACAGUGCAGACGACGUGGAGUACUCCGAUGAGGAAGAAGAUGUUGCUCCCAAGAAGAAACAGCAGCUUCAGCGUCGGCGUCUACAGCCUCAAGAAGCAGACGACUACUCCGAUGAUGACCAGUACGAUUCGGAAGAGUUCGACGACGAAGAGGAUUACUCCGACGACAACGACGACGAUGACGAGAUUGUGCAGGGCAAGUCCAUGCAGCCGUGGUCCCAGGGCUCGUCGGGCGAGAAACCCAGCGGCGGCAUGAACAUGGCUCCGCAAGAAAAGACCGGCGAUGCGUUUGCCGACCAGGAUGGCAUGAAGUUGAAGCUCGAACUGAAUCUUGAGAUCGAAAUCGAGCUCAAGGCUCGCAUUCACGGCGAUUUGACCAUCGCACUGAUGUAA